UAUUAUUAUUGGUGAACGGAAAAAAGGAGCAGCAGUUCCUUUAUUACCGUUGAAUAAUGAAUGGGAUUGAUUGUGUUCUGAAUCUUCCUUCCUCUGAUUACCCAUUAUUGCCUCCCUCUCUCGUCUUCUCCCCCAGAUGAUUCUUCCACUGCUUCAAUCCUCCCUUUUGCAGAAUCCUUAGCCAGUCGUCGAUUGGUGCGAUUUCUGCGUGUUAUAGGUCCGACUGUUGUUGAUACUACUUCAUUCUGAGUGUGCUGACUUCGUGUUCGUCAAGGAAUCUGCUACCGGGGGUUUGAUUUGAGGGGUUUGGGAGGUUUUUUGUUCGAAUCUGGGGUUUUGGUUCUUUAUGGAGACGUCGAGUUCUGACACUUCGAGUUUGGAUUCUUCUGCGCCUUCGUCGCCAAGCAAUGGGGUGGGAGCAGCCAGAAUCCUGCAGUUGCGUGCCAUACGGUUCUUGCAGUCUCCAAUUUCGUCGUUACUUGAGUAUUCUGGUCUGUUCCGUGUGGGGCAGGGCGGUUAUUCGUACUCGGAAGCCCGGCCGCUCAAUCCCGAUGGUUCGAGUUCUAAUUCCAGUGUUAGUGGUCAAAACCCUAGCGAUUCAGGGCGUGGUGAUGGUGUUGAUGAAAUUGGAAAUACUAAUUCGGCUAGUGGUAGAAAUAAUGGCGAGGUUUCGAUUCGGAUUAUGGGGGAGGAGGAUAGGGUUAGGGUUGGGAAUAAUGUUGGGAGUGGCGUGAAUGGCGAUGCGCCUGAUGAUGUUAAUGGCAGCACUAGCAGCGACGGAAGGGAAACGUCAUCGCAUCAGAGAUACGAUAUACAGCAGGCUGCGCGGUGGAUUGAGCAGAUUCUUCCAUUUUCGCUGCUGUUGCUUGUUGUAUUUAUUCGUCAGCACUUGCAAGGAUUUGUUGUUAUCAUUUAUUCCACCGCGAUCUUGUUCAAAUCCAACGACAUUCUUCGGAAGCAAACUGCUCUCAAGGGAGAAAGGAAGACUUCUGUAUUAGUUGGAUAUUCUCUUUUAUUCGUGCUGCAUAUAUUCGGCAUCUAUUGGUGGCAUCAUAGCGAUGAUCUUGUAUUUCCACUUCUCAUGGUUCCUCCGAAGGCAAUUCCACCGUUUUGGCAUGCAAUAUUUAUCGUCUUGGUAAAUGAUACAUUGGCGCGGCAAGCAGCAAUGAUCCUGAAGUUGGUUUUGUUAAUGUAUUAUAAGAAUGGCAGAGGGCACAAUUUUCGUCGACAGGGUCAGAUGUUGACUCUGGUUGAGUAUGCCCUGCUUCUGUACCGCGCGCUUCUACCAACGCCAGUAUGGUAUCGAUUCUUCUUGAACAAAGAAUACGGAAGUCUUUUUUCAUCACUGACGACAGGAUUGUAUUUAACAUUCAAAUUAACAUCAAUUGUCGAGAAGGUCCGAUCACUUUUCGCUGCCUUGAAGGCUCUAUCCAGAAAGGAUGUGAAUUACGGGUCUUAUGCAACAUCAGAGCAGGUAAAUGCUGCCGGAGAUCUUUGCGCUAUUUGCCAGGAGAAGAUGCACUCGCCGAUUAUAUUGCGCUGCAAGCAUAUUUUCUGCGAAGAUUGUGUGUCUGAAUGGUUCGAGAGAGAGAGAACUUGCCCGUUAUGCCGGGCUUUGGUGAGGCCUCCGGAUCUUCAAUCGUAUGCAGACGGAUCUACGAGUCUUCUCUUCCAGCUGUUUUAGUCGUCAAGCUGAUGCUCGGCUGCGGUAGGAUCAUCAUCGAUCAUCUCCCGAAACUAACUCGGACAAUCAUCCGACGGCGAGGAUUCAUGGUCAUACAUACACAAGGUACUUGAAUGAAUAUGGCGUGUCGAUUAUUGUGAAAAUUUUUACAUGAAUUGAAGAGAGUAAGGAAUGGCCAUAUAGUAUCUCUUUUGUCUACAUGAAUUGAAGAUUGAAGAUAAGCUACAAUCUGUAUGUAUUUGAAUAUAUAUAUAUAUAUCUCAAUAUAUAAUAUUCUCCCUCUUUCUAUA